UCUAUUUUAAUAAAAGAGAAAUACAAAUGUUUUCGUGAUAACUGAAUUAUUUUGUAGAAGAAAUUGCUUUCAAGUGAAUUUUAAAGAAUUAAACCGGUUUCUAUAACGGCGCCGUAUUCCGUUAAUCGUCAGUCGCGUCAUUGUCCGCCGUUAGUUUUCAGCAAGUAAUUACUAUGACUUGGGUAUCCGAUUACAAAUAUACUUGGUAUGAAAAGUUGGCUAUGAAUGUCAUUAGAUCGGGUGGUCAUUUACCGGAUCACGUUGCAUUUGUCAUGGAUGGUAAUCGGCGGUAUGCUAAAUUAGAACAUAUACGCAAAAUUGACGGUCACUCACGCGGCUUUGAUAAAUUGGCCGACUGUUUGCGUUGGUGUUUGGAUAUGGGUGUAAAGGAAGUAAGCACAUUUGCGUUUAGUAUAGAAAAUUUCAAACGGUCAGAAGACGAGGUAGAUGACUUAUUAAAUUUAGCUCGUGAAAAAUUUACAAAACUGUUGGAAGAACGUGCAAAACUGCAUGAAUAUGGAGUCCGCGUACGAAUAAUAGGAAAUUUAAGCCUUUUGCCGGACGACUUACAAUCUUUGAUGGCGCAAGUAAUGUUAGAAACUGAAAAA